AUGUGCUGUCGCUGGCACCGCAUCCAGUCAACACAUUUUAUUCCUCGGAUCUGCAACCUUUGUACGAAAGAUGAUCCGUUAGAAGCUACGCUUAAGAAGUUCUGGGAAAUCGAGGACAUCUCCGAAGGACCAGCACUAUCCGUUGAACAAGAUCGUUGUGAGAAGCACUACGUAGCUACUACCACCCGCGAUCCUUUUGGAAGGUAUAUCGUCAGUCUUCCUCGAACCGACAAUCCCGAUUUUGUCCUAGGAAGCUCAAGGGAUAUCGCCGAUCGCCGUCUUAUGAGUGUCGAGCGGCGUCUCGAACAUGAUUCUGCCCCCAAGGACGCAUAUCAUCGUUUUAUGGACGAAUACUUCCAGUUAGGGCAUAUGAAGAAGCUUGACGAUCCGGUAGACGACGAUCAAACGCACUGCUACGUACCGCACCACGCCGUCUUCAAAGAGUCAAGCACAUCUACAAAGGAGGAUCUGCUCUCCAUCGUGCUGCGUUUCCGCACUUGCUGCGUCGCUAUUGUCGCCGACGUGGAGAAAAUGUAUCGGCAGAUGCUCCACUCUCCGGAAGACCGCAAAUUCCUACGGAUUCGCUUCCGGACCAACUCCAAUGACCCUAUUUUCACUUACGAGCUGCAAACGGUGACCUACGGCACCGCGUCUGUUCCGUACCUUGCAACCAGGACUGUGCAGCAGAUUGCACGCGACAAUGGGAACCAGUUUCCAGCUGCAGUAGAUCCAGUCAUUUACGAUUUCCUUUCGGGUGCUGAUGACGUAGAUCUGCAAUUGAAGUGA